AAACCGACAUAGUUCCCUAAAUGAGCAGUGUGAAGCUCCUGGAGGUAAGCAGGAGGUUAGUGUGCCAGAUUUAGCAGCAGUGGACUGAAAUGCGUCCUCAGGGCUCCGGAGUGGUUUUAGUCCCUCCCCAAACUGAAGAAUCACAAAUGAGCAUGCGCAGAUCCUUGGCAGGUUACACGAGUUUAUUUUCAGCCUUUCUCUUGGAGACGUUGUCGGUGGCGUAAAAUUAGACUCUCCCGGUCUUCGUGGCCUCCUAACAAUGUGUUUCUUGGACUACUGGAGGUAAAAACCUGAGUGGAGACGUCUCCGGAGCGCCAAGGAUUUGAAUUUAGCGGUGACAUGUGAAAUGUUGCUGCGUGGUUUGUCGGUAUUUCCGGGCAGCAGCGGACAGACCGAGCCAGGCUAGCUGAGCUAACCAGUUAGCAGCUCGGCUAACAUUGUUUGCCUCUCCGGUGCGGUGUGGUCCGGUCCGGUACCGACCCUGUGGUUAUUACGGCUCUGUUUGGUUGUGAGUGUCCGGUAGUGUCACCUGCACACCGCCCAGUGUACCACCAGGCUACCGCCUCAAUGAACAGAGGGGGCGGCGGAGGGACUUAGCUAAUGUUGGCUAGUUCUGUGCACUGGACGCCGCUGUGAGAGUCUCCGGUCCCGUGAGUAAGUGAUAUCGAACCGUCCCACGUCUUGUCUAUUCAGGUUAACCGGACUGUGUUACGUUGAAAUGCUGCGCUGAUCCGUACUGUCCGUUAGCUAGCAGCCCACGUAGCAGCACACCGACCGACAUGGCAGCCGGCGGAUACUCGGACCUGAGGGAGAAGCUCAAAUCCAUGACGCCGCACAGGGACGACUACAAAAAUAAAUACGUGGACGGGACGAAUAACGGCGGUGGGAAGGGCCGAAAGAGAAAGUACCGGGAGUCCGACGACGAUGAGUACGAGCACAGCGACGACAGCGCGGAGCUCCGGGAACAGGAGGCCCGCCGGGUGAGGAGCAGCAUCCUACAGAAGAACAUCUUCAGCCCGGAGGAGUGCGCCCUCAUCGAGGAGAAGAUCGACGAGGUGGUGGCCAAAGGAGAGGCUGGACUUUACAGGGAGCACACCGUGGACAGAGCGCCCCUCCGUAACAAGUACUUCUUCGGUGAGGGCUACACGUACGGAGCCCAGCUGGAGAAGCGUGGACCAGGCCAAGAGCGGCUCUACCGCAAAGGAGAGGUGGACGAGAUCCCGAGCUGGGUGCAUGAGCUCGUGAUCGAGCGGCUGGUGUCCAACGGGGUGAUCCCGGAGGGGUUCGUCAACAGCGCAGUCAUUAAUGACUACCAGCCCGGUGGGUGCAUCGUGUCACACGUGGAUCCUCUGCACAUCUUCGCUCGGCCCAUCGUCUCAGUGUCCUUCUUCAGUGACAGUGCGCUCUGCUUCGGCUGCCGCUUCCAGUUCAAACCGAUCCGGGUGUCUGAACCAGUGUUCGUCCUGCCCGUGAGGAGGGGGAGUGUCACAGUACUCAGUGGCUAUGCUGCUGAUGACAUUACCCACUGCAUCAGACCCCAAGACAUCAAGGAGCGGCGUGCAGUGAUCAUCCUCAGAAAGACCAGACCUGACGCUCCUCGACUGGACUCUGACAGCCCUUUAAGUGCUUCUUCUGCAGAGAGACCUGCUCCUCUGAAGGCCAAACGCUCUCAUCGCAAAGCAGACCCUGACGCCGCUCACAGGCCGAGGGUUCUGGAGAUGGAUAAAGAAGAGAACAGACACCCUUCGCUCUCCCGUCAUCGGCGUCACAGCAUCAGGUCUGAGAACUACUGGAGGCGUGGUCAAGACUACGACAAACACCGUGAGACUUCAGGGCGCAAAGUAAAAAUGAGACGCCAUUGAUUCCUUCUUUCACGUGCAGAUGAAUAUCUGUUCUUCUGUGUAUUUCAGUUUUGUGGUAUGAUUUGACCGGUCAACGUUCCCUUGGUCCAGUUCUAGUCUGGAACGAGGAGCUCAGUCAUCACAUUGUCUGCAUUUUAGUUUGAGUCUGGAUCAGUUUGAGUGUUUGUUUCUGUCAGACAAAGCCAGUAUGUCUGCUUCAUAUUACAAAGUAACUAGUUACAUAAUACAGUUAGGCUCUACUGUAGGUAUAAGGUAUAAUUCAAUUACCUUAAAUUAUACUUUUUUGUUUCUAUGUUCAUAGAUGCUUCAAAAUGGCAUGUAUUUUUUUGUAACCAGGAUGUACAGAACCUAAGAACUAAAAGGAAGAUGUACGUAUGGACUUGUACAAAAGAAAAAUCUGACCUGUAAUCUAACUUGUUAUAAUGUACAAUAUGUUUGUAUAGUCUUUGAUUGGGGGACUUUUAUGGAGAAUGUACCUUUUUUUUUCUUGCACCUACACUACUGCUCCGUACCUUUACUUUCCCAUGUCAGAUCUUCAUACUUUGUUCUCUUUGGCCUCAAUAUCGCAGUUUAAGUUACAGUAACAGGCAGACAUGUAGCCGUGCUUUCUGUGUUACGAUUGUACUCAUCUUGGUGGAGUUCACAGUAUGACGUAUCGACUAAACUGAUGCUUUAUGGAGUGAUGGAAAACUCAGGUCUUGUUUUACACUCCAGCAUCAGUCUAAAGUUGCUUUACCUCAUAUGGUGACAGAGGCCAUGUUGUUCUGUAUUAAAUCUAAUUUCUCCUAAUUUAAAUCAGAUGAAAUGUGGGUCAGUCAGAACAUAGUUUAAGCAAAACCCAUCUCCGUUGUAUCCCGUUUUGCUUUGGCCUGAGAAGAAGCUCGACUUCCAGAAAUCUCUGGCCUCGCCGUUUGCUGUGUAAACACACAAAUGUGUUGCUUUCUUCCAGUCAGCCAUAUUUGGCAGAGAUGCUCAUUAGCUGUCUGCUAGGUUGGUCUGGAGUUACACAUGAACAAAAAUAACCUACGUUCAGAGGAGAAGUUGCUUUCCAAAAACAGGAUGAGUGGUGUUCACUUGAGAGCUUAAACAUGUUAGCAACUGCAAUGCUGGACAGCAAAUGGGAAAUUGAUUUUGUGUACAGUAGUUUCAUGACUCUUAGUCAUCACUUUUGAUUUGACGGAGAAGGUGCUGAUGAAUUAAAUAAACCUACAAAUUGUC